CGCCUGUCACCCAAUAUCGGCCAAAACCGAUGAUCGCCCGACCCAUGGCGCUGACCCCUGCGACGCCCCUUUCGCGGCAGGCUUUGCGGCCUGACCACGGCCGGAGCAUCCAUGCAGGGAGCAGCUGUUGGCGUGGCAGCGCGUAUACCGAUCCUGGAUUUCUUAGAGCUCCUGGCCAUGCAGCAGGCCACACCUUUGCCACGUCCGUCGUUGCGGCUGCGAUGGCUCGGGCACGACACCGACACCGGCGGGUCAAAGCGCAGCCGGUGAGCGCGGAAGGCGCUGCAACUACUACGACUUCACACCGGAGAUACUUCCACUUCAUUUUGCUCUCCACCGCCGUGCGGAGCUUCGAAGCGGGCGUGGUGGCCUCGAUGAUGCCCUCCAUCCGUCAAGGCCUGCAGCUCAGCUACACCAGCCAGGGUAACGUCGCCGGGUCCCCGGAUUACGGCAUUGUGCCCAGCGGUUUGUUGGCGAUGGCCAUCUUCAAACGCUUCUCGCCCUUCGUAGUCCUCACCUCCGGCUACUUCAUCAUUUCAGCUGUCUCUGUGUGCUGCGCGCUGCUGCCCAGCUUGCCUACGCUGGUCGCGGCGCGUGCCAUCGGCGGUUUGUGCUGGGGCCUGGCAGCGGUUCACUAUCCCACCUGGGUGAACAGGUACGGUCCUGCCGAGCAGCGAACCCUUUGGAUGGCGGGCAUCAAUGCCAUGCUGUUGACGGGCAUUGUGAGUGGCUAUGUCUUAGGUGGCCUGGCCCGUGCGACUGGCGCAGCACGCUGGGAGAGCUUGUAUUUGCUGGAAGCACUGCUGAUGUUCUCUUGCGCUUUGCUGGGCAGUCGCUUUGAGCCUUCAGUAGUGCAGGUGGAGCCAGCUCCAGCUUCGAAGGCAGAGAAGUCUGACGUCACAGGUGAGAGGAGCUUUUUUCCCAAAGAGCUGGUCGCCUUGGGACGUUCAGGGCUUUUCCUUUCCACCUUGGCUGCGGGUUGCUUCCAAUCCGGCGCUGUGGGCUUCAUGUUAUACUUCAUUACUCAAGCGUUGGCAGCGAUCUUCCACUGGUCACCACGCAUCAUUUACAUUUGUGUGAGCUUGGUGAUCACAGUGGGUCCGAUCGGUGGCAUCGUCCUGGGAGCUGCCUACCUCAACCGUGCUGGAGGCUAUCAGAACUACCGACGGGCACAUCAGAUGAGCGCUACAUGUGCGAUUCUCAGUCUCCUAUGCGGCUGCUGCAUGCUGGCAGGCGGCUCGCCCUGGAUUUAUGGCCUCGCCAACUUGGGGCUGUUGCUCUUUGGCGCAGCCCCCACAGCAGCCAUCAAUGGUAUCGCUGUGUCUUGUGUGCCGGAAGCCAAACACUUCGCCAGCGCCACCCAGUUUGCUGCGCAGAACUUGGCCAAGCUGUUGAUCCCCUUGGUCGGCGGCAUUGUCAUCGACCAUUUGGGGCUUGUCAGAGGCUAUCAUGUGGUGACUGUGGGAGCGCUGCUGUGCUAUGCAGUGUCCUCGUUGAUCGCAUUCUUCCAGGCGAAAGCAAGAGAAGAGAUGGCCACUGCUGCCUAGCGAUUGCUUUGAGGUCGAA